AUCUGGCGCCCCGCUGUCCGUCCGUCGGUCGGUCAGGCAGCUGCUGUUCUUCACACAUACACACAAGAGACACACGGGUCUGAAUGGUGAAAGGAAGGUAAGAGAGCGGCUACAGAAUCGCCUUUUACAGCGGAAUGUUCACUCGAAGGGGUUAUGGAGACGUCAAGAAAUCUACACAGAAAGUUCUGGACUCAAAGAAGGAUGUUUUCACGCGUCUGAAGCAUCUUCGCGCGCUGUUAGAUAUUACUGACAGGAAUGAACUGAAGGCAUUUUUUGAAACCAACUGCUCACAGAUUUAUUUUAUCUUCUAUGAAAAUUUCAUUACACUGGAAAGUAACUUAAAGCAAAAAGGGAACAAAUCUCAACGGGAGGAGCUGGACUCCAUCCUCUUUAUUUUUGAAAAAAUUCUGCAACUUCUACCUGAGAAAAUCAACAGUCGAUGGCAGUUUCACAGUAUAGGUUCUAUACUCAAAAAACUUUUGCACACUGGAAACUCUUUCAAGAUCCGCUGUGAGGGAAUGCGUCUGUUCCUGCUCUGGCUGCAGGCUCUGCAGAGUAACUGUGCCGAAGAGCAGCUCCUCAUCUUCGCCUGUCUGAUCCCAGGAUUCCCUGCUGUACCCUCAUCCAGAGGACCCUGCACACUGGACACCAUCAUAUACAACCCCUUUUCCAACCCGCCCGACGCCAAGAUUGUGCCGGAGGAGAUCAGCCCGCUGGUGCCUGCGGUUCCCGGAGAGAAGGUGGCAGAAGACCACACCUGCUCUGUCCUCCAGAUUGUGCUCAAAGUCAUGGUUCUCCAGGCAUCCAGCUUGGACUGGAAAAACAAAGAGAGCCAGGACACAGGCUUCAGAUUUCUCUUUUCCCUGUUCAAGAAGUACUACCUGCCUCACCUCUUCCCCACUUUCACAAAACAAACCAACCUGUACAAGCCACAAUUAGAUCUUCCCAUUCACAGACCAAAGCCCCUGUACGUCCCUGUGACUCGUAACAGUGAGAGCACAUACUGCACUAGGGAUCAGUAUCUGGCUCCUCGCGUGGCCUUCAUCACGUGGCUCGUUAACUUCUUCCUGGAGAAGAAGUAUGUGAACUUGGCCACGAGCAGCUCUAAGAACGGAGGAGAGGUGCUUCCUAAGAUCAUCCAGACUGUGACUGCGGGCGGGGUCAGUCUGGAGAAGAGCUCGGACUCGGAGCCCAACGGUCCUGUGGAACAGGAGAAGAGCCACUCGAACAGCAGCACGCUGUCGGACCGCAGGGGCAGUAACUCCAGUCUGUGUAGCAUCGAGGAGGAGCAUCGCCCCGUCUACGACAUGGUGCAGUCCAUCCUGCUCUCCACACGAGACAACGUCAAUUUCGUCAACGAGGUCUUCCAUCAGGCUUUCCUUCUGCCGGCCUGUGAAGCUUCAGCCACUCGCAAGGUGAUCAAAGUAUAUAGGAAGUGGAUUCUGCAGGAAAAGCCUAAUUUCAUGGCUGAGCCUGAGACAACGAGCCAGGAGGAAGAUGUAGAGGAAGAGCACCUCGUCUCUGAGACAGACACUGCGCACGUGCAGGUCUUGGAGACUCAUGGACACAAACGCUCGUCCAGCUGGGGGCGCACUUACUCCUUCAGCAGUGCCAUCAGCAGAGGCUGUCUGACAGAAGAACAGAACCAGAACGUGAAGGCUGGCGUCCAGCCCACCCUCCAGGUGUUCCUGACAAACUCUGCCAACGUGUUCCUGUUGGAGCCGUGUCAGGAUGUGCCCAAGCUGCUGGAGAACCAGCUGGAGGUGUGCAGAGCUGUGCUCAGCGUCUACCGUCACAUUAUCAUGGAGCAGAACAUGAACCGCCCCACCUGGGAGCAGUUGCUGCAGGUGUUACUGAGGAUCACAGAAGCAGUGAUGAAGAGGCCACAGGAGAACCAAAGGAAAGACACGUUCGCCCACAGCCUGGCCAGCAUCCUCUUCAAAACGAUCUUCGUGGCGUGGGUGCGGGCCAACCUGACCGUGUUCAUCUCUCGUGAGCUGUGGGACGAUCUGCUGGCUGUGCUGUCCUCUCUCAGCCACUGGGAGGAGCUGGUGUUCGAGUGGGCCAGCAUCAUGGACUCUCUCACUGCAGUACUGGCCCGUCACGUCUACGGCCUGGACCUCCACAACCUACCGCUCGACAAACUCUCAGAACAGAAGGAGAAGAAGCAGCGGGGCAGGGGAGUGUCGCAGGACUCCCAGAAGUCCACCGAUGCAGCGCGGCCGUUCUCCUUGAGCUGGAGGAGCUCUGGAGAUCAGGUGGGCGCUCAGGAGCCCAUGAGGUUUCGCAGUGCCACCACCACUGGAGCUCCUGCUGUGGAGAAAGCUCGCAACAAUGUCAGGCAGAAAGCUUCAGCUAAGCGAAGUCAGUCUAUCAGCAACUGUGUGCAUCUCUGUGAGGCUUUGCCGGCCACUAAGAGUGUGCCCAUGCUGCUCCACACUGUCAGCUAUUUCUUACCUGGUAUCUCUCACAGACUCUCAGACGUGGAGGAGUGUCAGCUGUCUGAAUGUGAGAUGGGGGAUGGAGACAGUCCUCUGCCCCGCAGCAGCAGCACCUCUGACAUCACACAGCAGAUCACCGACACCUUCCCAGGUCAGAAGAGAGAGGAGUCUGUGUCUGAGAGCAGCUCUGCAGGGAAGAGAGAGAGCGACGCUCCCACGAUUGUGAUCCGGCGGAGCAGCAGUCCAGCAGAUCUGGACUCUCCUGCAGACGGAGCCCCAGCGUUUCUGAAGAUUAAACUACGGGAGAAAAGUGAGAGUGUGAGCAGUGAGACGUCUAAUGGCUUUCUGAACGAUGCUGACGUGGGUCUGCUGGCGUGGCACGCGGUCGAGGAGGAGCCGGACUCUCCCUCCACACAUGACACGAGCAUGAGCAUGAGCAUGAGUGUGACUGUGGACACGGUGAGCCAGAGGAGCCUCCUGCUCAGCCACACUGAAGCACUGGCAGGGUCUGAUUGUCCCCCAGUGUCUCCGGCUCUCCUCCUGCCUCAUGGCUGCUGUGAGGGCCCUCAGCUCCUGGAGGAUGCCAUGAAUGUGUCUCACCGUCUGGACAGCAGUGAGUUUCUGGCCGAUGACGUCAGCAUCAUCGCCGGCGGCAGCUUGACCGGUUGGCACGCUGACUCUGCCUUCGUCCUCUGGAGGAGGAUCCUGGGGAUCCUGGGGGAUGUGAACAGCAUCCGCUGUGCCCGCAUCCACGCCAAGGUCUUCAGUUACCUCUACGAGCUCUGGCACAAGCUGGCCAAGAUCAGAGAUAAUCUCGGGAUCAGAGUGGAUGCAGACACAGCCGUGGCCGGACCCCUGUUCAUCCCUCCUCUGCGCAUGCUGGCCUCCUGGCUCUUCAAGGCUACCAUGCUGCCGUCAGAGUUCAAGGCUGGGAAGCUCCAGGCGUAUAAGCUGAUCUGUGAGAUGAUGACCAAACAUCAGGACGUGCUGCCCAACAGUGACUUCCUGGUGCACCUCUACCACGUCAUGCACAAAGGCUUCACCAGCGACGAUCAGGAUGUGUUGAACACGAUGAUUAGGUGGUGCUCACCACGCUUCUUCUUCCUGGGCCUGCCGGGCUUCACCAUGCUGGUGGGAGACUUCAUCACCGCGGCUGCUCGUGUCCUCAACACUGACUCCUUUGAGGCUCCACGGGUCGAGGCUCAGACAGUUCUUGGUUCGCUGGUGUGCUUCCCUAACCUCUAUCAACAGAUCCCCUCUUUGCAGUCUGUUCCUGGAUCUGAGGAUAUUGUAGUUGGCAAAGAGGAUAUGAAGGACUACCUUGUGAACAUUCUUUUGAAGACAGCACGCAAUGAGACAUGUGAAGGAGCCAGGUGUGUAGCGAUCUGCAGUCUGGGGCUGUGGGUGUGUGAGGAGCUCAGGCAGACCGAAACUCACCAUCAGGUCAAAGAUGCCAUUAACGUCCUGGGUGUCACACUGAAGUUUGGAAAUAAGGUGGUGGCCAAAGUGGCCUGUGACAUCUUUCAGCUACUGAUUUCUCACUGGCAGCACUUACAGAGACUGGAUCCGUCCCUUCCCCAAAGAAUUAUAGAGAUAUUUGUAGCAACCAUAGCGUUUCUUCUGCCCAGUGCUGAACACUCAACAGUUGAGGCAGAUAAAAAGUUAAUGGUGUCUCUACUGCUGUGCCUGCUGGACUGGUGCAUGGCCGUACCCCUCUCCAUCCUGCUGGAGCCCAUCACUAUGCCAGUGCUGGACGACCCCGCCUCGCAAAAAGCCCCUCUACUCGACUACAUUUAUAGGGUGCUGCACACUUGUGUAUCAGGGUCAAACCUGCACACUCAACAGAGCCACUACCUCCUCAGCCUUGCUGAUCUGUCGACAGACUAUGAACCCUUCCUUACUUUAGGCAAUGUCAAGAGCUUUGAGCCACCACCCGUCCACAAUGUUAUGGGAGACUUCGGAAAUCUUCUCACUGUGGCAGAAGAAAAGAAAAGGAGAAGUCUAGAGCUGAUUCCUCUGACUGCUCGGAUGGUAAUGACACACCUGGUCAAUCAUUUGGGCCACCAUCCUCUCAGCGGUGGCCCCGCUCUCUUAAACAGCCUGGUCAGUGAGAACCACGACAACCCCUACGUAGAGUCCUCCGAGCUCUCCUCUGAAGUCUUCAAAAGCCCCAAUCUGCAGCUCUUCGUCUUCAGUGACAGCACACUGGUCUCAUACCUGCAGAUCCCCUCUGACAGCUCCAGCACGACGGGGGCCAACCCGAGGGAUCAUUCCUCCGAGGUCCGUGUCAUCGUCAGGGACAUCUCAGGAAAGUACUCGUGGGACGGUGGUAUUCUGUUUCACACUUUGGACGGAACUGGCUUGAGUUUGGGUGGCAGCAGAGAUUGCUCUGAAAAGCAGGACUCCGUGUGCUCCAGUAAAUGCUCCUCUGAGCUGGAAGUGGAAGAUGGCGUGGAUGUGUUGGACCAGCUACUGGAAGACCUUGGCCACAGCAGCCCAGAGUGCCUGACGCAGCCCCAGCUGAAGCUCACCCAGCCGCCCUCUCCACCCAUCGGCAUGAACCCUGAGAUGGAAGGGCUCAUCAUGGAUGCCAUCCACAGACAGGCCAAACAAGAGGAUGAGGAACUGGCCCGGCGACAGACUGAAGACCCCAGCAUCAGAGCAGAGAGACAGAGAGAGCCCACACACCACGAGCCCAAAUCUGCUUUUUACCUCUGCAGACUUCUCCUCAAUGACCUCGGCAUGAACUCAUGGGAUCGCAGAAAAAGCUUUCAUCUUCUCAAGAAGAACUCUAAGCUCUUGAGAGAGCUGAAGAAUUUAGACUCAAGGCAGUGUCGAGAGACGCACAAGAUUGCUGUGUUCUACAUUGGAGAAGGCCAAGAGGACAAAUACUCCAUUCUGUCCAACACAGAGGGCAGUCAGGCUUAUGAGGACUUUGUCUCUGGGCUGGGAUGGGAGGUGAAUUUGGCCACUCACUGUGGGUUUAUGGGUGGUUUGCAGAGAAAUGGCAGCACAGGUAGCACAGCACCAUAUUACGCUACCUCCAACGUGGAGGUCAUCUUCCAUGUGUCGACUCGCAUGCCUUCUGACUCAGACGACUCCAUCACCAAAAAGCUUCGUCACUUGGGAAACGAUGAAGUGCACAUCGUGUGGUCGGAGCACACGCGGGAUUACAGGCGAGGAAUCAUUCCCACCGACUUCGGAGAUGUCCUCAUCAUCAUCUACCCCAUGAAAAACCACAUGUUCUUUGUUCAGAUCAUGAAAAAACCUCAGGUUCCAUUCUUUGGGCCUCUGUUCGACGGGGCAAUAGUGACUGGGACGCUGUUGCCAAGUCUGGUGCGGGCCACAUGCAUCAAUGCCAGCAGGGCUGUGAAGUCUCGACUGCCACUAUACCAGAGUUUUUAUGAGGAGAGGGCUCUCUACCUGGAGGCCAUCAUUCAGAACCACAAGGAGAACAUGACCUUUGAAGACUUCACUGCCCAGGUUUUCUCACCUUCCCCCAGCUACUGGCCAACGGGAGGUGCAGGUUCCCUCAGCUGCAGCACGAGCGCUGACCUCAGUGUUACUGUGAUGACCAACGACUCCGGCGACCAGGUCUCGCCCACCAUACCCCGCGCCUCUAAGAACCGUGUUUCGGGAAAGCUCCGCCGCUCGGCCAGCGCCAUCAGCAAGUCCUCCAACUGAAGGCUUCCUCUGGCUCCAGACUGCAGUGUGGAUGAAUGUAUCAUUUGACUCUAAUGCUUUCCACCCGUUGUUGUUGUUUUUUUCUCCGUUUUGAAGUCAAGUAGCAGUGAAAGUUGUCAUAAAAUUAUGUAGCUUCACUUGCAGUGAAGAAACAGAAACUGAAUUUAUGCUGAAGCGAAUCUGCAAAUGUGAAAUCAAUUGCUAUUUUCACAGCAAUGCUGCGUUUGGACUGCGAUUUGUCCCAAAAAUGUCCUUACGACAGAGUAGCGAGUAGACAUUUCAAAAACCCUGAGCUAUUAGCUAGUUUGUUCUUUGAGAUUUUCUUUAUGUCAAACACUGAAACCCAAUCAUUGAGGCAUAGGGGGGAGACUUUUUGUCCCGUGGCAGCACUGAGGCGCUCUUACAGCGCUCUGGGCCAGUCUGAGAAAAUACUGGCAAUCAUCAAAAAGAGUCUCCAGUCUCCUUUUUCUACUUCAAUAAUGUAAUCAGUGGCAUCUGAAGUACAGCAGACUGCACUGAAAUCACUUUUGCUAUUAUGAUUUACUUUUAAGCAACGUGUUUGAUCAUUUGACAGAACUGAUUUAUGCCACAUGCUGAAUGGAAAAGGCAGGUGUUUGUAUUUCAGUCGAGGUGGAGCGCGAGCGUGUGCUUCUUCAUUUGUGAACUGAACCUGUCCCGUUCCUGUCAUGUAAAUCUACUCCCACAUUCCAAUGUUUUUGCACUCACUCGGUGGUGAAGAUGCCCGUAGGUCGAUGUUUGUUCCGUUCUUCCCUCUGUAUUUGGAUGUACGUUCAUUUCAAUUUCAUUUGAUAAUAUAUCUAUUUGUUUCAUGUUGUGUGUAUGUAUAUAUAUGGAGAAAGACCUGCCAUCGUACUAUACCUGACUAAACUCCUCAGGUGGAGCUGUGUGAAGGGAGCUGUUCACAGUGCCUGUGUAGUACCUGUCCGUUUUAAUUGCCCCCACUUCCCACACGGAGAGCAGUGUGUUUUUCCGACGAGUCUUACAUUUCACUGGAGUAAAUUGAAUGAGAUUGUCUGCGUUUUGUGAGAGUGGCUUCUGUCUGAUUAGAUGCUGGAUGGGGGAUCUUUUCCACCUGCGUCCCUGAUUCCCGAGUGCCCUUUACCGUACCAGCAGCAUGCCAGCGCUUCUCUCUCUCUCUCUCUCUCUCUCUCUCUCUCUCGCCUCUCUUCCCGUAGAGACACGGCCUGGUUGACAUGGAGGCCAGGUGUAACACGCCCAGGCUGCAAAAGCACACAUGUUGCACUACUCUGCCUUACCUGUACACUUGUCUUUAUUGUCUCGCUUCGCCUGAUACCUUUUCUCUCUUCCACGCUCUGAAUGAAAAACGCUGACGAAUGUUUGCAGAGCCACAGCCCAAAUCUCAACUGGGACGAUGUGGGUCUGAAAUGGGCUUUGGGUUAAAGAUACUGCAACUGGCCUGACUUCUGUUUGACGAUAUGUUUAUUCAGUGUAGACUUGUUUAUUGUGUCUCUCUCUUUUUUCUUUGAAUGUUCUUAAUUCUGAAGGAUAUAAAUAUAUUAAUGCCUGUAAUAUAAUCUUUGUAUAAGAUGCUGAAGAUAAGGAAGCUUGAAAAUUUCGUCAUGACUUGUUAACAUAUCAGACUGUUUUUAAUAGAAAAAGUAAUCGCUUUAUCUUUACUAGAAAUGUGAAGGAAUCGAAACAUUUCAUUAAAUCGAUUUGAAGUUCAUGUUUA